AUGUGCUGUGGUACCGCCUCCUUGUGGGUGAGGUUCGCUCUGGUCCUCAUCAUCAUCGGAUUUAUAGCUGAGACGGUCGGCUUCGCGACGGCAACUUGGAUGUUCAAUAACACAAAUGGCGAAAAAAGGAUAGGCUUGUGGAUCUCCCAGACUUGUAGUGGAUCAGUGUGUACCGAUUCUGAAGUACCGUCAUCCUACAAAGAUGACAAAUUCCGGGCCACCCAAGCUGUGGAGAUUUUUGCCUUCAUUCUGUAUGUGAUCGCGCCAUUCCUUAUAGGGGCAUUCGUCUUCUUUGAGACCACCAGGAACCAGAGGAUGGUCAUAGCGUGUAUGGUCAUCUGUUUCACAAUAGGAGUUUUACUUGGAGUAGGACUGAUCAUAUGGAUGGUUUACGUCCAGUCACAGGCUGCAUUCAGCGCCGGGUACUCCAUGGGGCUGACCAUCCUGGGCGGGAUUCUCGCUGUGUUCGCGGGGCUUCUCUUCAUUCCGGAAACGGGCGACGAUGACGAAUACGAGGAUCGCGUUAUGAAAUCACGAACUGCAACGCCACAAUAUUCACGUCAUCACUCAUCACGUCGUGUGCACGUGCGACCUAUAUCCCCAUCGGACGAAUCUUCUCGUGAAUCUUCGCCCAAUUACUACUCCACUCGGCAGUCGAGGAAGACUUACGACUCCAUGCCAUCACCCAUGGAGACCCCUAAAACGUACGACUCCAUGCCCGCUCCUGUUCCGCAGACUGUUUCCGAGACCGGAGUCUCUACAGGAAGGAAUUUCCGGCCGCCAACAUUUAAUGAUGUUUCAUCUCUUACACUGCAGCGAGAUCGUGUGGUUUAA